AAGGAACAGAACAGUUCAGUGUCAGCCAACGGAGGAGUGUCGUCGUCCGUCGUUGUUCCUCGUCGGCGGUGCUGUGUCCCACCGCGUUCGCUGACAGAACGCGAACCAAGUGCACACACGUUGGGUGGUGGACGGGCACGCAGGUCUCGACGAGACGAUCGGCCAGGUUCCAACCAGACGACGUCACGAAAAAACAAUCGACGGUCUUGCCCCAAGUUCGUGGCGGAACGCGACAUGUGGCCGACGUUUCGAAGCGGCUCGCGACUCCCUGCUAAAAAUACAUUCGCCAAGCGAUCGAGGUGUUACGGUGUAAUUACAGCGGCGAGGGCAGAAACCGGCGACACGUCGCAAUAAAAACGGGGUCAAUCCCUCGUUUUUUCUUUUCUUCGUUCAGUCUCUCCAGCCAUGCCAGUGACAAUGUGCUUCCGUCAGCCGGCCUCGCGAACACUGAAUACAGUCGCGGUAUCGUUCAGAGAAUUCACGAGACUCGAGGCGCGGGGCAGCGAAUCCUCCCUGUGAAAUUCGUCUGUCAGUCAGUCCGUCUCUGCGUCUUCGUUUGCAGGUGGAAAACUGUGCUAAAAACGAUGCUCGAUGGAGCCCGUCGCGGUUGUUAAGUGGAUCCUCUUCUUGCUCGAAAACUCGUCGACUCGUGUGGAUGAUAUUUAAAGAAACAUUGACUCGGACUGGAACAACGACAAGACGUUACGUUUAACAUAUAUGUGUAACAAACGCACAAUACACGGUGGUAAUAAUAACAUUCGCCGACCGGUGAUCGUAGAGAGGGAAAAUCACUAUAGUGUCGAAAAUAGAAGACUCCAACGGCGUUCUGUCAAUAAUGUCGCUAAACGACUGUAGCGGUACCAUAGUUACCGUGCCAUUGUUUCUCGUCUCGUAGAAAGAAGAAAAGAGGAACAAAAGAAAGAACAAAAAAAGGACGCGCGAACAUUUGACACGUGACACGAUAAGCUGGAUUUUCUACGUGCAAGCCUAGUACAGAAACAGGAAAGCAGAACAAUCGCAACUCGUGAGCGGAGUAUGAACACCGUUUAUCAGCUCUCGGUAUAAUGAAGCCAUCCAUGAAAAUGGGGGUGGUAGCCUUAAUCGGUCUGUUCGUGGUGUUCUACCAGUACCAUUUGUCCACCAGCGUGCGAUUCGAUCAAAUGACGGACUUCAACGGGGGCGGCUCCGCGGAAGACGGCCCCGUUCUCUCCCAGGAGGAAGUGGAACGCUACGUGAGGACGUCGAAGCUCACGGAAGAGAUGAUCAAAAGCGCGGUGCGUAAGGUUCAAGAAACUAACGGGCUCAGUCCGGACGUCGCGUCGACGUUGAUACAGCAGCUGGUGAAUCACCUGAGGAGGAACGUGUUCGAGCUGCCCGAGAAUAAUUCGAAGAUCACGCGACCCGGACGACUCGAGCCCAGUCGGAACGCCACGUCGAGCCAACGCAGCCAGGAAUCGUCAUCGUCGUCGUCGUCGCCGGUCAGUUUGUCGGAGAGAACGCCGGAACCGCUGUACAUAAUCACGCCGACGUAUCGCCGGCCGGAACAGAUACCGGAGCUCACCAGGAUGUCGCACACACUGAUGUUGGUGAAGAACGUUCACUGGCUUGUUAUCGAGGACGCGGCCGUUGCCACGAAGCAAGUCACGAGGCUGCUGGAGCGAACAGGACUGAAUUUCGAACAUCUCACUGCUCCAAUGCCUGAGAAGUACAAGCAGAAGAAGGGUGCCAAACCGCGAGGUGUGUCCAAUCGGAAUCGUGGCCUACAGUGGAUCAGGGCGAACGCGACCGACGGCGUGUUUUACUUUGCCGACGACGACAAUACCUACGACAUAGCUCUUUUCGACGAGAUUCGCAAGACGAAACGAGUCUCCAUGUUCCCGGUGGGUUUGUGCACCAAGUUCGGCCUGAGCUCGCCGAUCAUCAAGAACGAGAAGUUCGUCGGGUUUUACGACGGCUGGAUCGCCGGUCGGAAGUUCCCGGUGGACAUGGCGGGUUUCGCGGUGAGCGUCAAGUUCCUGUUGCAGAGGCCGAACGCGUCGAUGCCGUUCAAGGCCGGCUACGAGGAGGACGGUUUCCUGAAGAGUCUGGCGCCGUUCGAGCCGAAGGAGAUCGAGUUCCUCGCCGACAACUGCACCAGGGUGCUCGCCUGGCACACGCAGACGAAGAAGAACGAGCCGAGCGCGCCACUCGACAUGAAACUGUACGGUGAAACGAACCUCGUUAAAUUGAAGCAGCAAAUAGUAUGAUGAGUAGCCUCUCUGGCUGCUGCGACCGCGCUUUCAAGUUCAAUCUCUGAUUUUAAUCGUUAACCAAGUACGACGAACAAAGUGAUUCAGUGCCUGAAGUAUUGUGAAGUAACGAUUGGCGUAGCAAUGAUCUUUUUCUCUUUUUUCGUUUUCCCUCGGAACGACUCGAGAGAGAUUCUGUAGUCUGUUUGAAAUGGAAUCGGUCGCACGAGUUGCGUGCUUUGUUCUUAGAACCACUUGGAGCACUUUAAAGUGGUUCUGGUGUUCACCAGAACCACUUGGAGCACUUUAAAAGUGUAAAAAUUGAGUGGAAGAAAUUAGAAAUUUUAUUCGUGUAUUAUUUACAAAAAUCGAACCUGCGCA